AUGGACGACGCGUUCCUGCACGCGGUCGUGCGUCCGUGCAUGGGCGACAUCGAGCCGCGCGCGGCGCUCCGCUGUCUCGACCGCAUCCUGCUCCGGCGCGCCCCACGCGUGAUCUACGGGCUGCCGUACUGGGAGCUCGGCGCGCUCGACGCGGGAGACAAGGGUACGGUGACGCUCAUGCACCUCCUCCUAGACGUGCUUCACCGGCUGAACCAAGACGAGGCGGAGGACGAGGCGGAUGAGCCGCGCCAACACCUAUUGACGACCAUGCACCGGUUGGUCCGUGCCAUUCCGGGACUCACAGGGAGCUCGUCGUCGAUUGAUCCUGCCACUCAUGCGCUGCUGGGACGGACGUUUGAGGUCCUCGCGGGUGUCAUAAAUCCUGGGGAAUCUCGGCUUCCACCGACGAAUUUUGUGCGCGAACGCGCGUUCCACUUGAUGUUCAAGCUCUUCCCCCGUUUCCAAGCUGUGGGUCCAACAUCCAUUGUGGCAUUCUGCGCAUACAGCAAGAAGAUGCGGGCCGACAACUCGCCCUACCGGUUCGUGCAGGCCAGCUGCAUGGUCAUCCGGGCAUCUGCUACGCUCGCGCACGGAGUAAUAGGAAGCGGGUCUACCACGGUGGCUCCCGACAUCAUCCACAAGCUAACUCCUUACGCCCUGGACGAUCCGCACACAGCGCCCGCCUCUAGGGCGAGUACUUUGUCGCUUUUGUAUUCCGAGCCGAUGGCCAAUGGCGGUACGCUACCCGGGGUAGGCUCUGAAAACGGAUCUGGCAGGGACGAGUACACGUCCAUCCGGCCUGCGGUAAUUGGUGCCCUGCUCGACCUGGAAGACUUCUUCUCAAUCCCUGUCGCGCGCGCGGCGGAUUGCCGGCCUACUAUGGCCAUGCUCGCAGAAUGCGCCGAGGCGGAAUGA